AUGAACUCAGGAAGCAUAGGUGGAGAAGUCGGGAGAGGACACGAAGGAAGUUACGUGGGCAAACAUUUCCGAAUGGGAUUUAUGACCAUGCCUGCUCCUCAAGACAGACUUCCUCAUCCUUGCUCAAGUGGCUUUUCUGUGAGAUCCCAAUCCCUUCACUCAGUAGGAGGCACAGAUGAUGACAGCAGCUGUGGUUCUCGGAGACAGCCUCCACCAAAGCCAAAGCGGGACCCCAGUACAAAGCUGAGUACUUCAUCAGAGACCGUCAAUACCCCAGCCACGGGUAAAAGCGUCAGACUCCCUGAGAGAACUGAAGGGCCAUCCAAGCCCAGACCCCACAGUGAUGAAUAUUCCAAGAAGAUUCCUCCUCCUAAACCUAAGCGAAAUCCAAAUACCCAGCUAAGUACAUCUUUUGAUGAAACCUAUAUUAAAAAGCAUGGGCCUACAAAGACUUCGCUGACACGGGACACAUCCUUGUCACAGGUGAGCAGUCCUGCUCUUGAUGCUGAGGAAGAGGAGCCUGUGUACAUUGAAAUGGUGGGGAAUAUUUUAAGAGACUUCAAAAAAGAGGAAGAUGACCAAAGUGAGGCAGUUUAUGAGGAAAUGAAAUAUCCUAUUUUUGAUGAUGUCGGCCAAGAGUCAAAAUGCGAAUUUGACCAUCACAGCUGCUCUUCUCAGUGUGCUACGCCCACAGUGCCUGACUUAGACUUCGCCAAGUCCUCAGUGCCAUGUACUCCAAAGGGUUUGCUUUGUGAUAUCCCCCCUCCCUUUCCAAACUUACUGUCUCAUAGACCCCCCUUGUUGGUAUUCCCACCAGCACCUGUCCAGUGUUCCCCCAAUUCUGAUGAGUCACCUUUAACUCCGCUUGAGGUCACAAAGCUUCCUGUGUUGGAAAAUGUGUCUUACAUCAAACAGCAGGCUGGAGCAUCUCCAUCAUCACUGCCAUCUCAUACCUCCGGUCAUCCCAAAUCAGAGAAAGACCAGACAACAGCUCAUGGACCAUCUUCCUCUUCUGUUCAUUCUUCAUCACCUCCCCAUCCUUCCACUUUAUAUAGAACACCAUCUCCACAUGGAUAUCCUAAAAGUCACUCUGCUUCACCUUCUCCUGUUAGUAUGGGGAGAUCACUUACCCCCUUAAGCCUCAAAAGACCACCACCCUAUGAAUCUUUGCAUUCAGGAAGCAUCUCAGUAAGCUCUCCAUCAGUGCCUCAUUCAACAGCCAGAAACACAUUACAGGAAGGAGGGAAGAUGGUAAAUGCCUCUGUCAAUACCUAUGGGUCAUCUCAGAGUGGCUCCCGCUCCAGAACUCCCACAAGUCCUUUAGAAGAGCUCACCAGCCUCUUUACCUCAGGACGGAGUUUGCUGAGGAAGUCCUCCAGUGGAAGAAGAUCAAAAGAACCGGCGGAGAAACCAACAGAUGAGUUGAAAAUAAGAAGCCACAGUACGGAACCACUACCAAAGCUGGAAAACAAAGAGAGAGGUCAUCACAGGGCAUCUUCCUCUAGAGAGCCAAUAAAAGCUCAGGAAUGGGAUGGAACACCAGGACCACCAGUAACAUCAAGUAGACUGGGAAGAUCCUCUGUUAGUCCAACCUUGUUAGCAGGAAACAGCAGCUCAGAGCCUAAAGUAAGCUGCAGAUUAGGUCGUUCUGCAUCCACAUCAGGUGUGCCUCCUCCAUCAGUUACUCCCCUCAGGCAAGCCAGUGAUCUGCAACAGAGCCAGGUGGCAUGCAUGCAAUGGUUGCAUGGAGACCAUACAAUGAUGGAGAUGAUUGAGAAAAAGCGCUGCUUGUGCAAAGAAAUCAAGGCAAGACAGAAAACGGAAAAAGGACUUUGCAAACAAGACAGCAUGCCAAUUCUACCAAGUUGGAAGAAGAAUACAGGGACAAAGAAGUACAGUCCUCCACCAUAUUCUAAACAACAAACAGUGUUUUGGGAUACUGCGAUAUGACAAAGUGUGAGAUGCAAAACUCCAUAAGACUAUUAUUUCACUUGUAUGCGAGGAAAUGUUCAGCAGGUUGGUUUAAGAGAGUGUUUGUCAACAUACAUCUUCUUUACUAGUGAAAAAAUGGCAUCCUUGAAAUGCCUUGGAAUGUGUCCUUGGAAAUCCAUGUUAAGUUGUGCUUACUUAAUACAAGUCCAAGGCAUGUUAAUUUUACCAACAAAUUGAGAUAAAUGUGUGUAAGGAUUUUUUUUUAAUCCAAAAGAUAUUUAAAAUGUAAAUAUUUUACUAGUCUAUUGAAAGAAAACACCUGAAAUAGUACACAUAUAUACAUAUAUAAUUUACAGAGGUAUCAAGAGUUUUACUAUAUAAUGUAUUAAACAAUUUAUUUUCUAUUUUCUAUGUAAUCCCCUAAUUUGUUUUCUUGUCCUUGCCCACCUAAAUUUGUCUUCUGUACAAAAGCAUGUAACUAUAAAUCAUUGUUCAGCAGUAUAAUAUAUGAAUAAAUCUGGUGCUGGAAUGGUAGAAGUUAAAUAUCACCAUAUUCAUUAGGCACAUCUGUUACUUUUUAUUUGUAUUAAAACUUGAUAGGAAAUUAAUGCAAAUGUAGCACCUAAUUUGGAUGUCCACAUCAUAGUAAAUCCAAUAUCUUUUGCUACAUUAGUUUUUAAGGAAUUUAUUUUAAAUACCCUCUUGUUUAUAUUAAAUAAUGGUAAGUCAACUCUCCAGAGACAGUUAUUCAGAUAUACUUGGCUAACCUAGUAGAAUAACUUUACUUUAGAAAUGUCUGUAGGGAUAUACCUCCUUGCGUUGUUGAUUUGAUUAGUGGAGACCAGGGUUCACUGUGACUAUGAAAAGGGAUAUCAGAAUUUGAAGAAUUAUACUGUUUUCUAGAAGGAUUUUUUUACCAUGGCAAUGUAGCCACAAUUCUUGACAAAUGGCAGAAUGAAGGGUAGGACGAUAUGUGUUUUUAAUUUUUUGCCUGAUGAAAAAAAAAUUAUGAAAGUCAUUCAAGAUUU